AUGUCAAAACAGUCACACUCACAAGGACGAGAAUCGGGCUCUUCUCAGCUCCCUGUACAGCUCUUCAGCAGCACAUUAUCGUGGAAAUUGCACGAUUUAGCUAAAGCGAAAUACUUUUAUGCAUGGUUCUUGGCACUGGCAAUUUAUCCAGUUGUCGCUGCAAUCAUUGUGACUAGGACAAGUACGUGGUCGUCAUUGAUCACUCGGUUCGUUGUAUUCUUUAGUGCUUUUCUUGUUUUCGGGACGUUACCUUUUGCAUGUCAGGUCAAGAAAAUGACCAAAAUUCCUAAGCUGCGGUCACUGCUGGCAAAAGAGGUUGUCGAGCUGGGACCAAGAUUCACCCUUAACGACUGGGAUCUAAUCGCACGACGUGCAAACGAGUAUUUGCUCCAAGAAGGAUUGUGGCACUCUCACUUUUGCAUUUACGAUGGGGAGGAAUGUCGACGUUAUUUCAAAGGCCAAGUAUAUCUCCCAUAUGUUAGCGAAUCAUCAGAAGAUCAGAACGAGCAACUUGCCGCACGGAUCUAUGAGAAGAGCUAUGAAGGUUACUGGAAGUCGCAGGAACUGGCUAAGACUACAACCUCCGGAGAAUCAUACCAAAAUCUGCCCAAAGACAUUUUCCAUUUCUCGUUUGUAUAUGAUUUGGCCUAUGGUGCCAAGUUAGCAUUGAAGGCUCUUCCUUUUUGCAGUCUACUUUUGAUCGUCUCAGGCUUGAAGAUAGACCCACAGGGAGUAGCUAUGGCGUCGGUGCUUUCGUUUCUGCAGCUAAUAACACCUUGCUAUCUCGAUGCAAGAAGGGAGAGAAAAAUGACGAUUUCUAGCCCAGUCCAUGUAUUGACACUAUUCAAAUUGGAGCUACAAUUGGAGCCCGGUGAAAGUGCCAGUGAAUGGGAUAAAAUUGCGAAGAAAAUGAAUUGUUAUUUACGUGACAAGUGCCGUUUCCGCGGCAGAAAAGUGUUUUUUGACGGAAAGCAAUGCCAUGCCAAUUUCGAUUCAUUGCUGGCCUUAACUCUUCCGGAUGGUGGUAUUAAGAAGAGCAGGUACCCGGAACUUGUUUGUUUCGCAAAUGAAUGUAGAAGCACACCUUUCCCAUAG